AUGGAUGAUGGGAAGCCGCUGGAGGGUCCGGUGACGGGACUUCCCUCCGUGCUGCUAGAUCUGCUCGGCCCGAUUGACGUGAAUGUUAUCGUGGAUGGCCCGAUCACGGUGACCGGUCUCGUUGACGUGAGGGUGACGACAGGGCUCGUAGUCGGAGUGUUCGGGCUUCCCGUGGUCAGCGUUAAUGUUGAGCGCAGGGUUAGCGGAACAGUAACGACGAUCCUUGUAGUUGAGUUUGCUGCACGGGUUGAGCUCGAGCUGGGCGAAAUUGGGCUGCCCUCGGUGCUGCUAAGCGAAGUGCUGUUAGUGGGCGGUAUUGAGUGCGUGUAUGAUGGUGAGGACGUUCCAGACGAAGGAGUGACUGGACCGCCCGUAGAUCCAAGGAAGGACGAAGAAGACGAGGCCGAUCCUGUAGGAGACGCAGACGUCGUUGCAUUUGGAAAGUAUACUGACGAAGAAGCGGGUACAGACUCGAUGUGGCUUGAGGACGGAACAACAGGACCGCCUGUGGUUGCAUUGCCUGGCACCGAAACAGUCGAUGAAGGGAGCGGUAAUGACGUCGUCAGUAUCGGAGGAUAG